AUGCUGUAUGACGGCGACUGCCCGCUGUGCAUGCGAGAAGUGGAGAUGCUGCAGCGGCGGGAUGCGGGCAAGGGGCGCAUCGCGUUUGUGGAUGUGGCGGCGCCUGGCUACGACCCAGCCCAGCACGGCGGCAUCAGCUUUGAGGCAGCCAUGGAGCGCAUCCACGCCAUCGAGGCAGACGGCACCAUCCUGACGGAUGUGGAGGUUUUCAGGCGGCUCUACGAGGAAGUGGGCCUGGGCUGGGUGUAUGCCACCACCAAGAACCCCACCGUCCUCGGUUUCGCCAACAAGCUCUACUCCGUGUGGGCUCGGUAUCGGCUACCGCUGACGGGCCGGCCAGACCUGGCGCAAGUGUUGGAGCAGAAGAAGCAGUGCAGGCCCUCGGACGGCAGUGCCUGA